AUGCGGUUGUCGGGUCUUCAGAAGGAAGUUCUGGCUCUAUACCGAGGUUGCCUCCGUGAAAGCCGUAAGAAGCCAGAGGCAACACGACCGCACUUUGAGUCUUUCGCAAGGAUUGAGUUCGAAAAGAGCAUCAAUAUUGACAAAAAAGAUUUUGCCGCAGUAGAGUUCCUGUUGCGCAAAGGACGUCGGCAAUUGGAGGUCUAUUCUGCACCAGGCAUCAAAGACAUCCACAGAUGA